AUGCUGCUCAGGUACAUUUGCUUGAUAGAAUGGAACGAGCAGCACGACGAACUCAGACAGUCGAGCAAUGCCUAUAUCACCGGACUCAGGCAGACCACUAGCGGUCGACAAAAUGCUCGAUGGCAUAAGCAACAAAGAGUCCCGUCGACUUCGAUGAGGCAGCGAGAGUUGCGAUCCGAUACGACAACUGCUCUCAAAUUUCGGGGACUUGAGCUGUUAGGAGAUAGUCGACGACUUCUCCGUACCAAGGAUCAGGCAGCCCAUCUCUGGGAAAGAAAAGCCCCAGGAGUUCAUGUAGCUAGCUGGGUAGGUAUGUCAGGCGAGACAGAUGUUCACCGGAGCUUCACUUCCAAUGCAGUCCAUGUGUAA